CUGCAAACACCACGCACACUUUCAUCUUGUCAGCCGACCGAGACAGAUCUAGCCAGCCGCAAAGUUCGUUACGUUUUGUUUUCGCGCCCUGCAGCAACACGCGGUCGUAUUGUUUUUCGACCGAUAGAAAAGCCGACACAGUGUGUCUGUGGGAGUGAAUUUUGUGCGAUGUAGCGCAUUGCGUUAUCAGUGAUUGUUCUCGCGACUGUCUGUGCCGUUCUACGAGAUCCAAGGAUUGCUUGGAUAUUGGCAGUGUGCGUGUAUCCUUGUGCACGAGUGUUAUUCACGUUAGAAAGGGCUCCCCAGCGACCCCCUGUCCCAUCGCACGACUUGGUUGGAUUAAAACGGAACAGAAAAAGUGCGCGUGUCUUCGGUGGGCUGUUCCAGUCCGCGAUGACCACCCUCCUGCCGACGUCUCAAUCGACCGGGGUUGAGACGUACGAGGACAUGUUUAAGGAGAUUACCCGGAAGCUGUACGGCGACGAGUCGGCCCACGGGCUCUACCCGCACAAUACGCAGGUGGCCCAGCUGGCACCGGGCGCUCCGAGCGCGCCACCGGACGGCGGUGAGCGCUCCUUCACCACACUAACGCAAAUCGGCUACGAAACGACCACGACGAAUCAACCCUCCGCAUCGUCAUCCGCUGCCUCCCAACAGCAGCAGCAGCAGCAGCAGCAGCAGCAACAGCAGCAACAAGAACAUUUAACGACCGCAUUCGGACUGGCCGCGCUGAUGCAGAAUGGCUUUCCGCCGCCCGGCACGAUGCUGAAUCCGGUUAACUUUCCCGGCGCGAGCAAAACGCCCACAAAUAUUUCGAUACCCUCAACAGACGAUCGCUGGCAGUCGCACCAGCCCGGCGACGACCAUCCCUGGAACGGUGGGAAACACUCCUCCCCUUCUGGCUACGGGGGCAGCAAAGCGUACAAGAAGCCCAAAACGGAACCGCACGAUGCGACCGGUGCCUCCCCGACCGGCCUCAACAUUCCCAGCACGGUCGAUCGGACGGCCGGCAAGGGUGCGGGCUACGCGGCGGCGGCGGCCGCCACCUCGCCCACCGGCGUGAUCAAGCGGUACAGCUGCACCAGCUGCCCGUACACCACCGACCGGCGGGAUCUGUUCACGCGCCACGAGAACAUCCACAAGGACGAGAAACCGUUCCAGUGCUACGCCUGCCUGAAGCCGUUCAACCGGGCCGACCACGUGAAGAAACACUUCCUGCGGAUGCACCGCGAGCUCGAGUACGAUAUUGCGAAAACACGCCGCCACCCGCCCGGCGGUGGUUCGGGAGGGGGGAAGGGCGGCACGUACUACGCGGCCAGCAGCCAAACCGGUGGGGCACCGACGGCCACGAGUAGCAGCAGUAGCAGUAGCAGUAGCAGUAGUGGUGGUGGUGGCGUUGGCAAUGCAACGACCGCAAUGACACUCGCCCAGAUGCAGCUGAACAUCCCGUCCGGAAGCUUCAGCAAUGCACCGUCGCUGGUCGUACCUUCGCAUACGCUCGACAGUGGCAGUGCGCAUCUGAACGGCAGUCACCAGGCCCAGCUGCUGCAGCUUCACAGUCAUCAUCAGCAGCAACAGUUGCAGCAGCAGCAGCAGCAGCAGCAACACCACCACCAACAGUCCCAUGCCAACCUGCACCCAGCUCAGCUGGCGAUCAAACAGGAAAAGGGCUCGUCGGGCAGCCUGAACACUUCCGCCAACUCGGCCGGUGGUUCGCCGGACGACAAGUACGCGAAGAAAAUCAAGGGCGAGAAGAAGUUUGCCUGCACGUACUGUCCUUGGGCAGGUGCGGACAACUGGGGACUAAAACGGCAUCUCAACACACACACCAAACCGUACGUGUGUCUGCUGUGCGACUACAAGGCCGCCCGCUCGGAACGGUUGGCAACGCACGUGCUAAAGGUGCACAACAAGAAAGCCUGCAGCAAGUGUAACUUCUUCGCCGAGGAUCAGGCCCAGCUGGAGGCCCAUCUGCAGGAAGCACAUUCGCACGAUCCAUCGAAAGCUGGCAAGGCGGGCAGCGGCGGUUCGGCCGGCAGCGGUGCGGGACCGACCGGUGGCCAUUGUGGCGCCGCAUCAUCCACCUCCUCCACCUCCGCCGUGCAUCAGCCGGCAUCGGGCGGCGGCGACACGAACGGCAACGUCGUCCUGCGCAAUUUGGGUAAUGCAUUUACGUCGAACAAUUUGCCCACCAACAUUCCGACCAGUGGGAAUGGCUUUGGUAACGGCACAUCGAAUGGCCAGUAUCAUUCCACUAACCUCCAUCACGCGGCCACCGGUAACGUACUGACAAACAGUAACGCUGCCAAUCUGAUCGAAACGAUCAACCAGCACGUCCUGGCAUCAGCGGCGGGACAGAACGGUGGUGGACAGCAUCAGCAACAACAGCAACAGUGGAUCGCAACGAGACCGCACCGGAAGCGUGGUCCGGACCUGCUCUAUAGCUACCUAGAGGCGGACGGCAGUGACUCCGGCGACUAUGCACGCCUUUUACACAUGCAAGCAGUCGGACGGAACAAGGCUUCAGUCACGCAGGAUUUUCGUAAUGCGGGAGGCGGAGACAACAAUGGCGGUGAUGCCGGCGACAGUAGCAGCAGCAGCAGCAGCAGCACAAGUGCAGCGGCGUCGCCCUACGCCCUGAGCAUGGCGGCGGCGGCAGCAAUCGAGCGGCAGAUGAAGAAAAAGCAUCACGGCGCGGACGGCAAAGCGAGCGCCGCCAGCCACGACAGUGUGAACCUAUCCCUAGCCUCACUCUUCGGUGGCGACCAGCUGUCCUUCCUGCAGCUGCUGGCCACGGCUGCCGUGGCACACCAGCAGCUGCAGCUUCAUUCGAGCCAGCAGCAGCAGCAGCAGCCCUAUCUCCAACCUCAUCACCACCAACAGCAGAAGAAACAGCAGCACCAGAAACCAUCGAAAGCAGUGGACCACCAUCACGUCGGUGCAUCGAAUGGUGGCCGCUACGGCAGCACGAUGGUUUCGUCGCCUCCCGCUACAUCAACACAGCAACAGCACCAGCAGCAGCAACCACCAAGAGCAACCAACAGCACCGGCACAGCGCCACACAGUACAAAUGGCAACGGGGCAACCGUUCCCCUCAUCGACCCCCAGUACCAGCAGCUGCAACCGCUCGCCCUCGACAUGGGCAGCAUGAAGAAGCGCCGCACGGCAUCGUCGGCGUCGUCGGCGGCAGCAGCGAACAGCGCAUCCUCCAGCGACAAGGAAAACUCCAUCGUCCAUCGGAACCGCAUCAAUGGCGGAAGCGCCGGAACAGGCGGGACGGCCGUUCCGCAGCAGCAGCAAUGCAACGGGACGGCCGCGGUGGUGAUCGUUCCGAACGGUGCCAGUGCCAUACUAAACGGUGGCGUAACCGACAAACACAACACCCCUCACAAAAAUGGCCAUCAUCAUCAUCAUUAUCAUCAUUACAAUCCUCAUCACCACAACAAUAACAAUAGCAGCACUAGCAAUAAGAAUAUAAACGAUAUUUUUGAUAAAGUGUACAAAAAACCGCAAAACUCAUUGAACGCAUCAAAGCAGCCGCAGCCGGCCGCCCACUCCCUGGCCGCCACGAUACUUCGGACCGCGCCGCCCUCGGCCGUGGAGGAGGAUAAUCGGCGGGAGGCGGAUGCCGCCCGCCAGGACACGGCUCCUUCCGCCCAAGCGGAGCAAUUUUCGCUCACCGAGUUCCUGAAAAGCCACACGGAAGUGUCGAUCAGUACGGUCGGUGGCAAGGGCGCGGAAGACGAGAGCCCCGUAACGAUCAUUCCCCUUCCACUCGUUGCGGAUCGGCAGCAGCUGCCGGAAAUGAAAGAAACAGAAGAGCAGCAGAAAGUGCUGCUGGAGGGUGAACGGAACCCGCGCAAGCGCUACCAGCCGCGUCGCAUUGGCGAGAGUGACGAGCUGCCGGACCCACCACCGUCCGACGAUCCGAUGGCAUUCGUGGCGGUAGAAAUGCUGGACACGUCGAUGGAAACGGCAAGCAAAAGCCCCGAGCCCAAGGAGCAGGCGGAGGAGCAGCAGCAGCAGCAGCAGGAAGGCAAAGCGAUCGAUCUGAAGGUGCAAAAGCAAGCGACACCAGCGGAGAAGCCGCAAGCCACCGUGAGCCGGCUGGCCGACAUCCGGGACAAGCACAUGAUCAAGCUGAUCACGAACCGGCGCUGCUGCCGCAUCUGCCGCACCAGCGGUCUGCUCGAUCACCUGGACAAUGCGCACUACCACAGCCGAAUGUCGCUGUUUCUGCACACGCUCUGGCGCCACCGGCGCUCGUCGGCGGGGAUGUGCGAGUGUCGCAAGUGUGGUGCUCAGUUUGCCCGCCGCUACAUGCUCGUGCUGCACCAGAAGCUUACCAAGCAUACGGGCGUGGUCAUGCAGGCGGAUAGCGGGAGCAAGCGCGUCUCGAAGCGCGCUACAAAACGCAUCGCCAUAAAGAAGAGCAGCAGCAGCAGCAGCAAGCACGUGGCCGGUGCGCGCAAGCAGCGGAAGCGCAAACCGCGCAGCCGCUGCUUUACGGCGAAGCGCAAGAAGUAGGCGGUAGAGCAGCAGCACGUGGGGCAACACGUGCUCGGGGGACGAUACACACGAUCUCUAGUGUACAAAGAGGAAGAAAAGGGUCAUCUGCCCCCUUAGAUUUAGGAGAACGCCCAUUGCCAUCGUUUUUUUUUUCUUUUCUUUUGGACUUUCCGCAACUUAAAUUUGCCAUGCAUUUAUUUUGUUGUACAAAAUUUUACUUAAAAAGGGGGAGACUUUGGAUUAAAUGGGCAAAAGAAGUAAAGCAAAGCAGGGGGACAGAUUGUAAUUAGGAACAAACACUUUGGAACUCGAAUACUGAAUACUCUUGGAAAAAAAAUGGAGCAUGAUGAUUGAAUUGUAAAUUUGUAUUCGCAAAAAAAGAACCACGGAACGAAAGGAUCGUUUUUAUGUGGUUUAUGUUUUGUCUAAAAAGCUGAAGCAGUUUGAUUACAGAAAAUGGAAAGAAUUGUUCAACCAAAAACCGGCAACAAACAAACCAAAUGCUUAAAGAUAGAAGGAGGAAACGCGUAGAGCAGAACGCAUUCUCUUCGCAUCAAUCUUUACUUUCGUUUGCUUUCGGUUCUGUUUUUCAACUGGUCAAAUUAUUGUAAAAAGAAACGGUAUGCCUUCCGCUUUUGGGCGCAAAGAUUAGCAGGGACUAGUAUCAUUUAGUGUUAAACUUACUUCUCUAAUUUGUUUCCCUUUUCAGUAGAGCAUUUAGUACCUCACACGCGCGGUUUGUUGAAUUUCAACGUUUUCUUUGCAACACAGCACGGGUCAUGAGAUCACAUCAAAAAACACUUGAACGGGAAAAUAGAGAGAGAGAAAAAAGUCGAUUAUAAUCGUAUCAUACAAAAGUAAAACAUUUCCUUUGCGAUUAUGAUAAUGUACGCCAUUGGAAAGUGUGGAAUAAAAUUCGAAAAAGAAAACGUGUAAAAAUUUAAA